AUGACUGAACAAGAUCUAGCCAAGAAGCAAAAGACUGUGGAUCAACCACCAAGACCUCAAAACGUCGGUAUCAAGGGUAUCGAAAUUUACAUCCCAUCUCAAUGUGUCAACCAAGAAGAAUUGGAAAAAUUCGACGGUGUCUCAUCCGGUAAAUACACCAUUGGUUUGGGUCAAACAAACAUGGGUUUCGUCAAUGACAGAGAGGAUAUUUACUCUAUGUCUUUGACUGUUCUAUCUAAACUUUUGAAGAACUACAACAUCGACACCAACAACGUUGGUAGAAUCGAAGUUGGUACCGAAACUCUACUGGAUAAGUCUAAGUCUGUCAAGUCUGUUUUGACCCAACUUUUCCCAGGAAACUCUGAUACAGAGGGUAUUGACACUUUGAAUGCUUGUUAUGGUGGUACCAAUGCUCUUUUCAACUCUUUGAACUGGAUUGAAUCUUCUGCUUGGGAUGGCCGUGAUGCUAUCGUUGUUUGUGGUGAUAUUGCCAUUUAUGAGAAGGGUGCUGCCAGACCAACUGGUGGUGCUGGUACUGUCGCUCUAUGGAUCGGUCCAGAUGCUCCAAUUGUCUUCGAUCCAAUAAGAGGUUCCUUCAUGGAACACGCUUAUGAUUUCUACAAGCCAGAUUUCACAAGUGAAUACCCUUACGUUGACGGUCACUUCUCAUUAACUUGUUACGUCAAGGCUUUGGAUAAGGCUUACGAGGCUUACUCAAAGAAGGCAAUCGCCAAGGGUCUAGCAGCAAAGCCUGCUGGUAACUCUGCCAUCAACGUAACCGAACAUUUCGACUACAACGUGUUCCAUGUCCCAACUUGUAAAUUGGUUACCAAGUCUUAUGGUAGAUUGUUGUACAAUGACUUCAGAGCCAACCCAUCUCUAUACCCUGAAAUCGAUGCAUCUUUGGCUUCCGUCGAAUAUGAAACUUCUUUGACCGACAAGAAUCUGGAAAAGACAUUCGUCAAUGUUGCCAAACCAUUCCAUAAAGAAAGAGUAGCUCCUUCCUUGAUCGUCCCAACUAACACUGGUAACAUGUACACUGCUUCUGUAUAUGCUUCACUUUCCUCCCUAUUGUGCUACGUCGGUUCGGAUGCUCUACAAAACAAGCGUAUUGGUUUGUUCUCUUACGGUUCUGGUUUGGCUGCAUCUUUGUUCUCGUGCAAGGUUGUCGGUGACAUCAAACACAUCGUCGAUGUGUUGGACGUUGAAAACAAGCUAAAAUCCAGAAAGACCGAGUCUCCAGAAGAUUACGAAAAGGCUAUCCUGUUGAGAGAACAAGCCCAUCUACAAAAGUCUUUCGAACCUACCGGAUCCAUUGAAAACUUGUACCCAGGUACUUACUAUUUAACCAAUGUUGACGACAGGUACAGAAGAUCUUACGCUAUCAAAGAAUAA